UCAAUAACGUAAUCGAAUUGAUUUUCAGCGUAUUAUUUUCGCGUUAUCAAUGAAAUCAUGAAAAGUAUUAAAUAGGUACACAAUUCGUUAUAACUAGAAUCAUAAAAAUGUGGUAUUUACUAAACGCGAACACUUGUAACGUUAUACGACAAAGGUUACUGCCUGUUAAAAGUAAUGGUUACUUCAUAAAGUUAUCUCAAAGUAAGCCAUCGCAAGCUGUAAAACGAUAUAUAUCACAUGUGAAAACUACACGACAAAAAGAUGUAUCAAAUGGGGUAUUAUUACUCUUCAGCCCUUGGAAACUCUGUACCGGCAUAAGUUUAGGGUUAGCAGCACGUUUGUUAUACAAUAAUUUAGUAUAUUGUAAAGCUCUGCCAUCUAGGGUUAUACAGCGUAGACCGAAUGUAAAUGAGGACAGUGCAAAGUUUGAUUGGAAGCGGUUCUGGAAAUAUCUAUUGCCGCAUAAAUGGCUCUUGGCUGCUGCAGUCGCUUCUGCGUUAGCCGUGGCAUUCCUUAAUGUCUACAUUCCAGUAAUGUUGGGUGUGAUAGUCAAUGUCCUAGCUGGUAUGAGGAACAAUCCAACUGCUGACUUCAUAGAGGAGAUCAAGGUGCCUGCCCUUAAGAUGGUUUCAUUAUACAUUGGACAGGCCAUUUUCACAUUCUUCUACAUAGAUCUUCUUGCUCAAGUGGGUGAGCGAGUUGCCGCGCAAAUGAAACAGGAUCUAUUUGUGUCGAUACUGCAACAGGACAUGGCAUUCUUCGACCAGGAGAGGACUGGCGAACUUGUGAAUAGGAUAACAGUAGAUGUACAGGAUUUUAAAAGUUCAUUUAAGCAAACUAUAUCUGGUGGUUUAAGAGCUAUAACUCAGGUGGUGGGAUCCGCAAUGAGCCUGUUAGUGAUAUCACCACAUCUAACCGGGCUAACACUGAUUUGCGUGCCGUCAGUUGUUAUUGGAGGCACGUUCAUUGGCUCGUUGUUGAGGAAGCUCUCCAGAGAGGCACAGGCUCAGAUAGAAAAAGCCACAUUAGUCGCCGAAGAAGCAAUAGCUAACGUUAGGACGGUUCGAGCGUUCGCUGGUGAAGAAAACGAAGCGAAACUGUUUGCUGAGGAAUGUAACGCAGCUGCGGAUUUGAGUAUGGAGUUGGGCUUAGGCGUUGGGCUAUUCCAAGCCGGGACCAAUCUGUUUUUGAAUGGUAUGGUCCUAGCGACAAUGUUCUUGGGCGGUCACCUGAUGUCAACGGGUCAGAUGUCGGCCGGUGACGUCAUGGCGUUCCUGGUAAACGCGCAAACGGUCCAGCGAUCGGUGGCGCAAUUGUCGCUGUUGUUCGGAUCCGUGGUCAAGGGACUCAGUGCCGGGGGACGAGUUUUUGAGUACAUCAACAAAGAACCCAAGAUGGACACGUCCGGCACUAAAGUGAUCAAAUACCACGAAUUCCAUGGUGAUAUCGAGUUCAAGGACAUCACUUUCGCUUAUCCAACAAGACCAGAAGCGAUAGUGUUGAAGAAUUUCAACUUGAAGAUUCCCGCUGGGACAACAGUCGCCAUUGUUGGAACUUCCGGCAAUGGAAAGUCAACGAUUGCGGCUUUAUUAGAAAGAUUCUAUGACGUAAACGACGGGUCGGUGACCAUAGACGAAAUAGAUGUGCGUGAUUUCGACUGCCGUUGGCUAAGAGGCAGGGCAUUGGGCCUUAUCAGUCAAGAGCCGGUGUUGUUCGCUACUACCGUUAGGGAAAACAUUAGAUACGGCCGACCGGAGGCGAGCGAUGCUGAGGUUUACGAAGCAGCAAAGACGGCGAACGCAGAUGACUUCAUCCGGGGAUUCCCCGAAGGCUACAACACUAUGGUCGGAGAAAGGGGCAUGUCAUUGAGUGGCGGUCAAAAACAACGUAUAGCCAUCGCGCGUGCAGUUCUGAAAAACCCACCCGUUAUGAUACUGGAUGAAGCUACAAGUGCCUUAGAUUCAGCGAGUGAGAAGGUGGUACAAACAGCGCUAGAGACGGCGUCCAAGGGUCGAACUGUUCUGGUCAUAGCGCACAGAUUAUCUACUGUUAUGAACGCCGAUCUCAUCGUCGUUUUGAGCAAGGGAAAGAUAGUUGAGAUGGGAACUCACAAUCAACUGAAAAAACAAAAGGGACAUUACUGGAACCUUAUCAAGCAACAGGACCAAGAAACUGAGGAUUCUGCCAGGUCUUUAUGAAGAUGGAUAUGAAACUAGGCAAUGUUAUUAGUGAAAUUCCAAAUGGGUACUAAUUAGAUGUAAGUUUAAAUAGAAGAUGUCACAACUACCCUCAAUUUUUUUUUUAACUUUUCUUAUCAAAAAAUCUUUUCAUUAUAUGUUAGUUUGAAGUAUUUUUUUAUUGAUGGCAAGAAAUGUAUAUUCAAAUUUAAAAAUAGGUUCUCUGUGACCGUAAUUUAAAAAUACCACUUCGUGUGCAAAUAACAAGUUGAGUUGUUAUUUGUAACUGUUACUACGGGAAACGCGUUAGCCCUUGACUGCAAUCUCACUUGUUAGUAAAUGAUAUUGUAGUCGAAGAUGGUAGCGGGCUAACCUGUUGUGGUAGUCAUACCUCUAAUCGGUUUCUACGCGACCUUGCACCGGAACAGCGAAAAUCCCUUAGCAGCACGUCUUUGUCGGUAGAGUGGUAACUAGCCACGGCCAAAGCCACC